GGUCGUCGUUGUUGUUGUUGUCAGCAGGUCUCGUGCGAGCAGCACGACCGACGAUGUCGGUGACGACGCUGGCGACGAUGUCGAGAUUCCUGCUGAGCUCCCUCGUGCUGCUCACGGCCGUGGCACGCGCUCCGUGCUUACGCGCCGCCUCUUCCUCCUCUUCCUCCUCGUCCUCCUCCUCGUCAUCAUCGCUGCUCGUCGACGCAACGCAGACGCAGUCCGCUUUCGGCUGCCCGCCGUGCUCGACCGAGACGCUGUCGCGCUGCCCCACGGCGCCCCCGUGGUGCCCCGAGCUGGCGCGGGAGCCGGGCUGCGGGUGCUGCGCGGUGUGCGCGGCGCGCCAGGGCGAGGCGUGCGGGGUGUACACACCGCGCUGCGGCAUGGGUCUCCGCUGCUACCCGCGGCCCGGCGAGGAGAGACCCCUGCACUCGCUGGUGCGUGGACGCGGCAUCUGCACCAGCAGCGCCAAGCGCGGUGAGCGGUGGGGCUCGAUGGCGAACAACACGGACAAGGACGAGGAGGCUUCGUCCGCGACGUCGCGAGCAACGUCGACGGUGCAGGAGCCCCCCCUGCAGCAGGACCCGCGCAACCCCAGCCGCUGCCCCUGCCGGCGCGGACCUCGCAUCCCGACGACGGCAAAUGCCGUGGCUGUGCAUCGGGAGCGCGUGCAGAAGCAGGGCCAGGAGCGCCGCCGCAUGCACAACGGCAGCAGGGAGGGCGGUGGACGCAGCCUCCCCCAACAGCAGCAGCAGCAGCAAGCCGGCAGGCAGCACGCGAACUUUCGGCCAAACGCCCUGCCGGAUGGCAGCGCCAACCCGCGGCACGUGAAGCCCUGGGGGAGAUCGAGCGGCUGCAGCGGCUGCUCGCGCGAGGAGCGCGUCCCACUGGAGGAGCUCUACCUCCUCUACAUCCCCAACUGCAGCCGCGACGGCCUCUACCACGCCAAGCAGUGCCGCACGUCGCUGAGCGGGCAGCGAGGCGAGUGCUGGUGCGUGCACGCGGACACGGGCGUGCACGCGCCUGGCUCGCCCGUCGUGCGCGGCGACCUCGGACUGCGCCGCGCGGCGCGGACCCGAGACGCCCAAACCCCCUCCCGUCGUAGCCAGCAGCAACAGCAGCAGCAGCAGUAUCUCCACAUUGACAUCGAGCUACUGAACCACAUCGCCAUACGCAAGGAGAAGACGGAGGUUCCGUUCAAGUGA